AUGGCACACAAAGAUCCAUCGGACUACAUCUCGGCCUCUGAAUCGGACUCCUCGAUUGACGACAACGAUUACGACGACUGGCGCUCGGACGACAGCAAUCCGGCUGCACCGACGCUUGCACUUUUUGCUGAUGCUGCGACAGGUCAACGAGCAUCGUUUGCUUCUCCGAUCGAGGCGCUGGAAGAUGCCAAGAAGCACGGAUGCGAUUUGGUGGACAUUGUCAGGAGGCUGCGGCUGGAUACGUUACAGGUGAUCCGUUUGAUCAAUCGUGUCAGGCGGAACGCGUUGACGGUGGAGCAGGUGAAUGGUGUGAGUGCGCAAGAAGAGUGGUUGCAAGACGACAACGAGUUGAAACCGGUGCAAGGGUUUGAGGACGAUGGGCUUUUGCAGUUGGACUUUGAUGUUUUGACCGAGGAGGAGGCUUCGAAAUCGCAAGCUGAUUGCGCGCCUCUGCCGCUUUCCGAGGACAAGCUGCGAAUCAAGCAACUGGAAGAGCAACUGGCAACAGCUAAAGCAGCAUUCGACGAACUACGCACCAUGCAUGCUUCCAGCCUCGGACUCUCGUCGACUGAUCUCACCGAAUCGUCGUCUGCACCACUCUCUUGCGCUCAACGCUCUCAGCUCGCCUCGGCCUCGAUCUCGUCGGCAGCAGCGCGCACACGUCGUGGCGCCAACGACGCCGACGAUGAUGUGCUCUACUUUGACUCGUAUUCGACCAACUCGAUCCACCAGACCAUGAUCUCCGAUUCCGCACGCACGCUCUCCUAUGCACAGUUCUUGCUCGAUCCGCAAAACGCCCACCUGAUCCGCGGCAAGAUCGUCAUGGACGUCGGCUGUGGUACAGGAAUCCUGUCGCUCUUCGCCGCACGUGCCGGUGCCAAGCAGGUGAUCGCCAUUGAUGCGUCGGCCAUCGUCGAGCGUGCACAGCAGAACGUCGAAGCCAAUGGGUUUGGACAUAUCGUCAAAGUUCACCGUGGCAAACUGGAAGACCUUUCUUCGGAACUCAAGCCGUACGAGGGUAAAGUGGACGUGCUCGUCUCCGAGUGGAUGGGAUACUUUCUUCUGUACGAGAACAUGUUACCUUCGGUGCUUGUGGCGCGCGAUCGAUACCUGAAUCGUGAAACCGGGAUUCUAGCGCCUAACCGCAUGACGAUGCAUGUUGCUGCGUUUUCAAGUCGCAAGUUGAUCGACGAAAAGAUCAAGUUUUGGGACAACGUGCAUGGAUUUGACAUGUCGUCCAUGACCACUGGUCUGUUGGACGAGGCGUUUGUGGAUGUGCUCGAGGCCAACGAGGUAGUCUCGGAUUCCAGCGUGUUUGCCGACCUGGAUCUGUACGCUUUGCCACCACAGCAACCCGAGCCCGAGGCCGAAUUCGAACUUACCAUCCAGCACGAUUCCGACCAAGUGCAUGGCUUCAUCUCGUGGUUCGACACGUUCUUCUUCCCCAUGGCUCGAGUUCCUGCCGACGCCACGCGAGAAUGCGCAUCCUUCUCGCUCCAAGUCAACGACGUUCACGGUCUCGACCUCACCAAAAAUCAAUUCGUCCCCGAUCCAAAUCCUGAUCACGUACCCACUGGCAAGUUGGUCAGCUUCUCCACGUCGCCGUACAGCAAAGAAACGCACUGGCAACAAACGCUGUUCGUCCUCAAACACCCAAUCAUCGGCGUCACCAAGGGCGACAAGAUCAAAGGCCGAAUCGUCGUCCGACAGGACACCAAACAUUCGCGUCAGCUCGAGGCUGAACUGCAUUAUCUGCACGUACCCCUACAGAGGCAGCAAGAGUCUCACCAGACGUCCGCAGCCAAGCCCAAGAAGAAAGUCGAGACUCAGCUCGUACAGGUAUACAUGGUUCGUUAA